CCAAUUCGUCCAUUCCAUUUUUAAUUUUUGAAACAAAUUGAAAAUUGAAUGUCAAAUUAGAAAUUGACUGGCGUUGCUUGCUCUUACAAUAUUCCAUUACAUUGAAAAUAGAAAUUGAUUGAAGACCAAUUGUCAUUUCAAUAUUCAUUUACUUUGCAAAUAGAUUCAAUCUUUCCAUCCGUCCAAUUUUCGUAAAUUAUGAUUUGACUAGAGCCUCCAAUGCAAUUUUCUUUCUCCGUACUAAAUGUAAAUAGAAAGUUACCCGCAGCUGCUAGCGCGAGCGAUAUCUCAUAAACGGCAUUAUUCGCCGGUGACUUCAAUAUUCAAUUCUAUUGAAAGACGAAAGUUGCGUCUAGCUUAGCCACGCCCAGCCACGCCUCUGGCACGCAUGCAAUGUAAUGCAAUUAAUUAAGAGAUGCAUGGGAAAGCCUCAACUGGCACGCGACCGACCUCUCACAACAAGUCGGUAAGCACUUGCACCUGGCUCUCGUCAACCGUCACGCUCAAUCGUGAGACAUUCCUUGCGGCGAUGAGCGAGGGAAGCCCGUUGCAUGGAGGCACGCGUCUAGGGCAUCUACAAUCAACGAGAUCAACGUGUAGCCUACACUGGAAAGUUGAAGUCUAGUCGAUUUGGAAAGACUUCAAGCAACUAUCUAGCUAGAGGACAUUUGCGUGGAUCAUCUAGACCACGCCUCUAAACAUCUGACGGGGAAGCCCCAGCCGGUAUCUAUCAUCUCACGAUAUAACGGCACGUCGUGCAUUGUCUCCACUCUCCAUGGACGAAGUUGACGAAGAUUUUGUUCGGAAGCGAGUCGAAGAGGGUAAUAGUCAUGCUGUCAUCAGUGAAGAAUUACAGACGAUGUUUCCAGGACUUCGGGGACUUAGCGAACGAUCUGUUCGACGUUUCUGUACAGACAGAGGCCUAGGUCGACGUUGUUCUCUGACUAAAGAGGAACUAGAACGCCGCGUGUCUGACGCCGUAAGCGAGGUCGGACCAUCUUGCAUCUUCAGAUCGUCAAAAAGCAAGAAGAAGGCAACGGCUACACAAUGCAAGUCAAAGUCUAAGAUUUCUUGUACUUGCAGGCGGUCACCAAAAUUGCAGAGAAGAUCUUCAGUUUUAGAGAUGUCCACAACUUUGAACGACGAACAAAAGAAGACGUACGCUAGUGCCACGAAACUGGAAUUGAUGUCGUCAGAAGUCUCUGAAAAUAGCAGUGAUAACGAGCCACCCUCUGAGGGAGCCUCCACUGCUGGACGUUCACAACUCCUGGUCCGACCUCUUCCAUGGAGAGCCAUUGGAGCAACAAAGGAGUUUGAGUUUUUGGACAGAAAGUACGCCAGAAGGCAGACUCAGAGAGGAACGCGGUACCAAGAGUAAACGGAGCUCCAUCUACCAGAACACGUCCAGGAAUGACAUUGUACCAGAAUGGGCUCUAGAAGACUUCUGCUAAUUAUAAUACGUUUGAUUUUAAUACAUGUCAAAGAACAUGGAUAUAUAGAGCUAGAUCAUUCAAAUUUGCUGUUAACAUUGUUGUCCAUUGCCAAAGUUUGUUGAACUAGAGAAAUAAAUCACAUGACUAUUAAUGUCAAUCACCUGGUUAGUGUGUCUUAAGACUACCUAUAGCUCAUAUUUGGAAAAAUCUGUAUCUGAUAUUUAGGACUCCAAAUGUGUGCCUAAA